AUGUAUGAACUGAAAAGUAUAACGAGUCAUACAGAAGAAUAUGAUGGCAACUCCACCACGGAAUCGAGGACAAUUGACAUUGAAGAGGGGGACAUUGCAAAGAAGGCAUUUAAUUGUGGAAAAAAAAAUAAAUUAAAAUCUUGUGGCUUUUUUACAGACAACGAAAGCUCAUUUCUUGCAAAGGGAAAAAUGGCAUCACACAAAGACAAUCAGAAAAAUGCAAAAAAUAAUGUAAAAUUUACAGACAUUUUGAAAUGCCCAUGGGAAUUUCACACCAAUUUUGUGAGUAUGAUUUUAUUUAUAAUAGGCAGUACAUUUUUCCUUUACCCAAAGUUAUACGUAGCUGGCUGUAUCAUUUUUGCCAUAGCAUGUGGUAUGUGUACGUAUAGCAAUGUAGUCGGCGCUGUUAACGUUGGCUACGAAAGGAAAAGUGAAUACCUUGGGUAUGUUUGUUACGUAAUUGGGUGUAUUGUUUUUAUAAUCGGUUCAGUUUAUUGCUGUUUUAAGGAAGACUUCUUUGCAAUUAUGACCUUUGUUGUAGGAAGUAUUUUCUUCCUCGUUGGAGCCGCCCUUUUUAUUAUUGCUAUAGAUUUUAACAAUAUAAAAAGUGUGGAUUAUAAGGUUUUCAUUGUUUAUAUGUCCAAUUUAAUUGGGGGCCUUUUAUUUACUAUUGCCAGUGUUCUUUUUUUUUACCCCAGUUGGUACAAUCAAGCUUGUUACAUGUACGUCGCGGGAAGUUCGCUCUUCACCUUGGCCACCUGGUUCGAUUACAUCAUUUACGCAGCCAGUGUAGCUUAA